ACGGAAAUACAGAUAUAUUCCGACAAGGAAAAUCAGAGUGGGAGGGGCAGAACGGUCAUUUUAAUUCAUAAUUAUUGCCGUUUAAUACUUCCUCCAUUUGCGCACCUCUUGGCUAUAUAAAUAUCUGAAUAUAAACCAUUUCAUCUUAUUAGGGUUUCUGAAUUGAAUUCACUGUAAAGCUUGCACACGAUUGAGGAUUGCAAUCAAAAUCACAAGCCCUAAAUCUGUCAUCUCGCUCUCUUUUCGAUUUUUCGGGGCAAUCGUGUACAUUUUCUUGAGAUUAAAUGACUCGAGAGCUGCAAAGCAAUUCUAUGGACAUUGACGGUCCAGACUUAAGUAAAGCUAGUCCGAAUGGGAUGCAAGAAAAUGGUCUUAACCUCUAUCCGGUCUCUGCUACUGAUUCAGGUGAAGGCCUUCCGUAUGCUCCUGAAAAUUUUCCGAAUCCAGGAGAUAAGUGGGGUUGGAAAGUCGGGAGAAGACUUGCUGCUUCCGGCCACUUUCUGGAUAGAUACGUUUAUAUACCAACAAGUCUGUGUGAGUCUGGAAACAGACGAGGAUUCGCAAGCAAGCUCGCGUUUGAACAGUAUAUUCGAGGAAAAUUCCCUGAUACGGAUAUCGAUGCAUUUUUCGCCUCUUUUAGUUGGAGGAUCCCUUCAACAGCUUGCAAGAAUGGCCAGCUAUUAUUUCAAGACCGUAAAGAAACGCCCACAUCGUUAGGGAAGGCAGCACAAGAUCCAGGUGGCAAAUUGCAUUGCAAGGCUGGUAAUAAAUUUUGCAGCAGCUUAACUGGAACAGAGGACUCUGUUUCACAAGUCAUGCCCUGUGAUAUUUGCUGCAGUGAGCCUGGUUUCUGCAGAGACUGUUGUUGUAUACUAUGCUGUAGAACUUUUGAUAAAGCCUCUUCUUCUUCCGAUAGCUACAGUUACAUUACAUGUGAAGCUAAAAUUGAGGGCUUUAUUUGUGGGCACAGCUGUCAUAUCGAAUGCGCUCUACGAGCCUACAUGGCGGGUACAGUUGGAGGGAGCAUUGGUCUCGAUGCGGAGUAUUAUUGCCGCCGGUGCGACUCGAGAACUGAUCUGGUCCCGCAUUUUAAGAAGCUUCUUGAAGAUUCUGGAUCGGCUGUUUUGGGUGAGGAAAUUGAGAAGGUUCUGAGACUUGGUUUUUGUGCUCUGCGUGGGUCGGAGAAAACGAGUGUGACGGAGUUGUUGAGUCGUAUUGAGUUGGCAAUUUCAAAGCUUAAGAACGGGACUUGCGUCGAAGAUAUUUGGAAGAAGGAAGAUGUCUCUGCAGGCUCUGCUGCAGGGCUGUCGCCAAAUACAGAGAAAGACGAGCCACAAGACAGCAUAACGGGCCCCCCUCAAGAAAUUUCGUCAAAUUUUGACCACCGGAUCGAAUCACUAAAACUCGAGGAUGAAAUCGAUCACGUCUUGGAUGCAUUGAGGAAGUCACAAGAGAUGGAAUACAGACUUGCAGAGGAAAGGCUUUCAUCUCAGAAGAACUGUAUUUUAAAUCUGUACCAGCAGCUCGACAAAGAGAGGUCUGAGCUAUCGAGUUGUACAUCGAGAAAGUACAAGGAUUCGAUGCUUGAUAAUGUGUUGAAUAGAGUUGAUCAGAUAAAACGGGAGGUUUCGAAACUCAAAGACAUGGAAGAAGUGGCUAAGGGAUUUGGUAAAGUUCCUAAACAGAUUCUGAAGGAACAAUUUGGUGUUGAUUUUUGAGCGUUGAUUUGGGUGAUGAGCGACUGACUGUUAAGGAAAGAAACCAGAGAAUUGAUUUUUGAGCGUUGAUUUGGGUGAUGAACGACUGACUGUUAAGGAAAGAAACCACAGAGAAUAUAAUGUUCGAAAAAUUGCAAUUUUGUGCUGUGCUUGUUGUAAUAGAUACAGAUUUGUAGAUUCUGUUUGUAUAAUGAAUUGAUUGUAUUCAGAUAGUGUUGGGUACGCCUUGCA